UCUCUGUGUGAGUAUGCAAUGUAAACAAUGUAAACAUGACAUGCACACAUAUAAGUUUAUAGAAUGCGCACGAGUCAUCGAUGAUAGUGAUAGUAUUUUUUGUGGUGUUUUGUGGUGGUAUUCAAUCGUCACAAGGUCCUUAAGGUCACAAUAAUCAAUAACUCUUGUUGACAUAAUCAACCUGUGAUUUAGGAUUUAGUAUGUAGUGAAUUGUUUUGAGGUAUUAAUCAUCAUGAAUACAGUUGACGGAAAAUUAGUUGUUCUUGGUUCUCAAGGUGUCGGCAAAACCAGUAUGAUUAGCCGAUACUCAGGCAAAGUAUUUAAUCCACAUGCUAGUCCAACAAUCGGUGCAUCAUUUUUUAAUUGUAAUCUAAAUGUAGAUAACACAAAAGUCAAAAUCCAGAUUUGGGAUACAGCUGGACAAGAACGAUUCAAGUCAAUGGCGCCAAUGUACUACAGAAAUGCAAAUGCCGCUCUCUUAGUCUUCGAUAUUACACAGUACAAUACAUUUACAGCUGUUAAGUCAUGGGUAACUGAAUUACAAAGAAAUGUUGAAGGACCAAUGGUAUUAGUUGUUGUAGGAAAUAAAAAUGAUUUAUUAGAUCAACGUAAAGUUGACUCAGAAGAGGCUCAAAAAUAUGCAACAUUAAUUGGUGCGACUUAUUAUGAAACUUCUGUACUUCAUGACGAAGGAAUCCUAAGAGUUUUUCAAUCUAUUGCCCUCGGUCUUGUAAGAUUAAAUAACGGUGAACAUCAUACAUCGAAUCUAAGAAUUCAAGAUUCACCAAGCUCUGGAAUAGGUAGCUUUGAUUCAGAUUAUCCUCUUACGCCAUCAAGUGAAGAGUCACUUGCAACUUCUAUUGCUCAUGGAAUACAUGAAAAACCACCAGCGUGCUGUUAAAAAUCAUAUAAAAAAAAAAAAAACAAAGUUAGAUUUAAUUGUUAAACAAAAGCUCUAUUGUGUUAUAUCGUAUUUAAAAUAGAUAUCAGGUGUUAUAACUGCUGACGAUUUUUAUAUAAACUAUGCUGAUAAUGAGCACAAAUCAGACUGCCUCAGCAUUCUCGUAUUAUUUAUAAAUUUAAUUAAUAUCACGCUAUUUUUGUAUAAAUAAUUAUUUUUCUAUAAAAAAAAAAAAGAAAAAAAAAAGGCUCAUAAAAUACUUAGUUUUUAUUUUUUUAUAUAAAAAAUUAAAUUCUAUUAGCCGUUAAAAUAAAUAACUGACAAUUUGAUAACAAUGCCUUGUAUAAAACAAAAUAUAUAUACAAUUAUAGCUAAAUAUUAUAAAUGUCUGCCAAAGUCAAUUAUAAAUAGUUGAACAAUAAUUUAUUUACUUUAAAUUAUAUUGUAGUAAAUUUGAGACUUAAUUCUCACUAAUUAAUGUUAAAUCUGCGCAUUAUUUAUGGAAAUUAUACGAUAGUAAUAAUUUGUGAGAUAAAAAGUUAUUCUGGUGAUGACUAAAAAAAAUAAAUCUUGACAAUUUUUCUUUUUAAUACCUUAAGUCUGUUUGCACUCAUUUCAAAAUAUUACUUGUAAUUAAUUCAUAAUUUACAUAAAAAAUAUAUAUCUCAUAAAGAAGAAUUUUAGAUAAAUUCAUGAAAAUACGAUUAGAAAAAGUUAAGCAAAAAUAACUAUGUUUUUACUGAUGAUGACAAUUUUUCUUAUGAUUUACUAUAAAUUUAACUUAUGACAGAAAUUUAAGCUCUUUUAUUUUUUCUGUGUAGCAUUUAAGUAACAUAAGACUGU